UCCGUCGAACCGUCAAAAUGUCAACUUCGGCCCCCUUGCUCCGACUAUGCCACUUCCAGAGCCCCUUUCUCCCCCUCCAAUCCUACUACUGUUACAACGACGAAAUCUGUUGUAAGGAAGGUUGCUGUAACCAAUACGCCGACUACAAGUACUUCCAUUCGUGGCAUUUUUGGUACAAAAUUUAUGUUGUUCUUGGAGUCGUGGUUUUCGUGCUCCUCUACCGCUACAUCUGCUGGUACUGCAAAAGGGCGGAGCGCCAAGACAACGUCCUCAGACUCCGUGAAGAGGAGACCCUCAACUCGCACGUUGUCAAUUUAAUGGUUUCUUACAACAACCGACGAAAUGAUCUAAGGGAAUUUUUUGUUCAAGAUGGCGCGCCUAAGGACGAGGAUAACCCCGACCCCCCUCCCCGCUACAACGUUGCCCUCCACCUCCCCAAACCCCCAAGUGACGAAGUCCCCUCCUACGAACAGGCAACUUCGAUGCGCUAAUUUUUUUUAUUACCAUAACCUACAAUUUCGUGUAAAUUUGUGUUAUUAAAACCUAAAACUA